CGUGUUUGUUGUGUAUGUGUACGUAUAAUCUUCAUGCAAUAAACGGUUACAAACGGUUACACACAUUUGUAUCUCAACCGUUGGAACACUUUCGCACUACCCACCGCGUCCGUUACGGAAUUUCCUUAUUUAAGCCACAUCUCCUCCUCAAUUUUAUCCACGUUCCUUCAAACGAAAACCCUUUCACAUUCGGCAGUUACAUCAAUCAAACACAAAGUCUUUCGAUUGUUCUUGCUAACCGUGUGAUGGACGGGUAUCACACCAUCUCCGAAUUGUGUCCUCAGAUCACUGGGUGGACAAUUUGUGUAUUUGUCGUGAGAGUGUUUAAGAAGUUUGUUGCGCCCAACAUCUUCGAACUCGGCCUUAUCUUGGCAGAUAAUUCGGGAUCCCGUUCCCGUAUCGAGGCCACCAUUGAUCGUCGCCUUGCUCCUUUUUACAUAGACCGAAUCAAAGAAAAUGAGUGGAAAAUUGUGACCACUUUCUUGGUCCGUAACGUCGCUGACCCAGUGAGAGCAACAUCUCAUGACUACGGCAUAUGGUUUAUGGAUCGGACCGUCGUUACUAACGCCUUACGAAGGGACCCAAUAUCGUUUUACGAUUUCACUCAAUUCGACUACAUUUUGGAGAAAACAGUUGAUAAGAAAGUUUUAGUCGAUGUCAUUGGAGCGUUGUUGGAGGUUGGCCACUUGACCGGAGACUUCUACGGUCUCAAGCUUCCUUUCAAGAUCAAAGAUAGAUACAACGAAGUUUUGGAAUGCGAAGCACACAAUGAACAGGCGUUGGAAUUCCAAACCUUCUUUCGGAGUCUAGGUCAGCGCAAUGUUGUUGUCGCACUCGUCUUCUGGCGUUUAACCGACAGAGCUAAUCCUAAGGUUGUGAGUCAUGGUCCUGUGUCAAAGGUCUUUGCCGAUCCGGACACACCGGAAGUGGAAGAGAUCAAGCAGGUCGUUUUUUAGAUAGGGGGAUUUGUUUUCCCCAGUCUUCUUAUUAUUAAAGACCAGAUUUAUAUUAAGUAUUGUAAAACUACAUAAACUUGUUGUCGUUUUCUAAUUACUUGAAUUUGUAUAAUAAAC